CUAUCUUUACACCCAUUCAUAACCACCUAAUUUCGUCAGUACAUAAUAUUAUAGACGAGGGACAAAAUUACAACAAAUAAAAAACUAAUCCAAACCAAUUAGUAAAAUACUCCUACAGCCGGUAGCGCCGCCUGAUCUCCUCUUCCUCGAUGGCGGAUCUCAGGGUUUCAUGGAACCUCUGGCGAUGGAGGACUCGAUCUCGAAAGGCUGGCAGCACUUCAGAUCCAGCACUCGAACCUCCCAGCUCCCGUCGCCAGUUGCCAUCCCACUCCGCCACUCUCUUUCCCAUUUGCCAAACCGUUGGAGAAGUAGCAAAAGCAGCCGGAGAAAGAAGAGAGGCUGCAGUCGGUUGCUCUGUUCCUUGCGAAAAGGCCCAGCAGGAAAAGAAGAAAGAUCAUCAAAGGGAAAUAGGUUAAGGAGGAAGAAGAUAUAUAUUCGUAAGGGGAACAGUUAGGAAUUGGGUUUCUUCAUGGCUUCGUCGUCGAUCAGGGAAUUGCUGGUUUGGGUUGCUGGGUUCAAGGAUUCAGGUGCUUCCCAUGGCAGCUGGCUGUCAAUUUUCUUCUUGAAAGAUGGACUCAAUGUCGACUCUUCCACUCUACAGCUCCUCCAGAACUCCGCCAAUAUCCCCAUGGUCGUUAAACCUCUCUACGGCGUUAUCUCCGACGCCAUCUAUAUCUCCGACCAGCACUGUAUCCCUUACAUCGCCGUCGAUGCAAUAAUAGGAAAUUAAAUUUUAUUUAUAGUUUUUAAUGGGUAUAAAAAUGAGUUGGAAAUUGGAAAAAGUUUAAAUUUUAGUUUUUUAUUAAUUUUUAAUUGCCAUGUCACUCAUUUAACGGUCAACUAUGAGAGUUGACUGCCACAUCAGCAAAAUCUAACGGAGACUAACAGAGAGUGACCAAUCUAACGGAGACUAACAGAGAGUGACCAAACAUGUACUGUAUAACUAAUUUAAAUGACUACCGAUGAAAUAAAUUAAUAUUAGUGAC